UGAACUCUCCACACUGACUCCACCGGAGGAUUGUUCUUCUGAAUUCUCCACACUGUCUCCACUGGAGGAUUUUUCUUCUGAACUCUCCACACUGUCUCCACCGGAGGAUUGGUCUUCUGAACUCUCCACACUGCACAAAACCGUCUAAAUUUUACAGAGCUCCAGUUCACCAUGGACCUGAUCACAGUUCUGCUCUCAUUUGUUGUCAUCCUUUUUUUAGCCAUCGUUUUUAAGAAUCAAGGAAAGUACAAAAAUUUUCCACCUGGACCAAAGCCUUUACCGAUCAUUGGAAAUGUUCUCAUGCUGGACAUGUCAAAACCUCAUAAAACGUUCAUGGAGCUUUCUACAACAUACGGCCCGGUCUUUAGUGUCCAGUUUGGCAUGACAAAAACAGUUGUCCUAUGUGGCUAUGAAGUUGUUAAGGAUGCGCUCAUCAAUUACGCCGAUGCCUUUUCUGAUAGACCUUAUGCUCCGGUGACUGCAAAAUUUGCAAAGAACAAUGGUGUUAUUUUUUCCAAUGGAGAGAACUGGAAAGUGAUGAGAAGAUUCACACUCUCCACACUACGAGAUUAUGGAAUGGGCAAGAAGACCAUAGAAAAUAAGAUCACUGAAGAGGCUGAGUGUUUAGUACAGAAGUUGAAAUCAUAUGAAGGAAAGCCAUUUGAUAAUCUGACCAGUAUUAAUGCUGCAGUAGCCAACAUAAUUGUGGCCAUACUGCUCAGUCACAGAUUUGACUAUGAGGAUCCGACCAUACUGAAACUUAUGGCUGUAAUUAAUGAAAAUGUACGACUCUUCGGAAGCCCAUGGGUCAGGCUGUAUAACAGUUUUCCAUUACUGAUGGACUGGCUACCUGGAGCUCACAGAACUAUUUUUGGGAACAUCAAGGAGUUUCAAAAAUUUAUAAGAGCGACCUUUACGAAACAGAAGACAGAACUAGAUGUCAAUGACCAGAGGAACCUUAUUGAUGCUUUCCUAGCCAAGCAACAAGAGGGAAAGCCUGAAUCUACUGAGUAUUUCCACAAUGAAAACUUAACUAUUUUGGUUGGAAACCUUUUCGCAGCUGGAAUGGAGACCACAUCGACCACAUUGAGAUGGGGACUUCUACUCAUGAUGAAAUACCCAGAAAUUCAACAAAAAGUCCAUAAUGAAAUUGAAAGAGUGAUUGGAUCGGCACAACCUCAAAUGGAGCAUAGGAAACAAAUGCCGUAUACAGACGCCGUCAUUCAUGAAAUCCAACGCUUUGGUGAUAUUGUACCGAAUAAUGUCCCACAUGCAACUUCUGAAGAUGUGACAUUCAGAGGGUAUUUUAUACCAAAGGGCACUGCUGUUAUCCCAUUGCUGCAUUCUGUACUCAGAGAAAAAACUUACUUUGAGAAACCCAAUGAGUUUUAUCCAGAACACUUUCUUGACCCUAAAGGAAAUUUCACAAAGAAUGAGGCCUUCAUACCCUUCUCAAUAGGUAAACGUAGCUGUGCUGGGGAAACCUUGGCUAAAAUGGAGCUCUUCCUGUUCUUCACAACACUAUUACAAAAUUUCACUUUCCAUGCACCGCCUGGAGCCAAAUUGGACCUUGAACCUGCACUGGGGUUUACAAGUGGCCCCCAAACCUAUGAGAUCUGUGCCAUAUCUCGCACAUAGACAACA